AUGCCGCCUUUCUCAAAGGACACCAAGGAGGCCUCGUGGACUGCUUCACAUCAGCCUCACAGCCCUGGCGUGGCUGCGUCACACGCCCGCGCGGGCACGGCGGAGGCCGCGGGGCCGGGCCGCCGGCGCAGGCUCCCAUCCCAUCCGCUCCCGCCCCGCCGCCGCCAUGGCAACGGCCGCAGGUCGCCUGGUGCCGUGCCCCGGAGGGGCUGCGAUCGCUCCCGAGCGUCCCCGGCACACCGGCGCCUUGGCCGGGCGGCCCUGCCAGCGUCGUCGGGAGCACUGAGGUCUCCUCAGCGGCACCAGAGCGGCGGGUUUGCCCGGGCAGCUGCACCGCGGGACCCCCGCGCCGAGAAUGCAGGAAGAAGAACUGAGGUAUACUACAGUAAGAAAAACAGUAUGAUGGAUUCAGAAGGUUCUGCCCCAACGAAUUCAAAGGAAUAUCUAAGCAAUGACGUAACGGCUACCUCUGGUAAACAUUAUCUUUGUGGCUACUGUGCGGCCUUCACAAAUAUAGCAGUCACUUUUCCCAUCCAGAAGGUCCUCUUUCGACAGCAGUUGUAUGGUUUGAAAACAAAGGAUGCAGUACAUCAGCUGCAGAAGGAUGGAAUUAGAAAUCUUUAUCGUGGCAUCCUUCCUCCGUUAAUGCAGAAAACGACAACGCUGGCUCUAAUGUUCGGCUUGUAUGAGGAUUUCUCCUCCCUGCUCCAUAGCCACACGAGUGCUCCUGAACUCCUCACUCGCAGCAUGGCAGCAGUGCUUGCAGGGACCACAGAAGCUGUUCUUACACCUUUUGAGCGGGUUCAGACUUUGCUUCAGGACUACAAACACCAUGAUAAAUUUACAAACACUUACCAGGCUUUCAAGGUACUGAAAGUCCAUGGGAUGAGAGAAUAUUAUCGGGGAUUGGUGCCUAUUCUGCUCCGAAAUGGACCCAGUAAUGCACUCUUCUUUGGCCUACGGGGACCUAUCAAACAGUGUCUGCCUGAAGCAACUUCUUACAGCACUCAUUUGGUCAAUGACUUUAUCUGUGGAGGGCUGUUGGGUGCCAUGCUGGGAUUCUUGUUCUUCCCAGUGAAUGUUGUAAAAACUCGCAUGCAAGCUCAAAUUGGUGGUGAAUUUCAGUCCUUCUCAAAAGUCUUUGUGAAGAUCUGGCUGGAACGUGAUAGAAAACUGAUCCACCUUUUCAGAGGAGCCCAUCUGAAUUACCAUCGUUCUGUCCUGUCCUGGGGCAUAAUCAAUGCAACCUACGAAUUCUUGCUAAAGCUGUUGUGAAUACCACUAUCUUCCUUCGGCUCUUCUGUUCGUUUGGGUAUUGGCACAUAUGAUGUCGCUUAAUCCCAGGGAACAGUGCCUGUGUAGUGUGAAAGGUAAUUAGUCUUAGCCUUCAAUAUUUAUGGGGUGAAUGGUGAUGCAUCUAAACCUUGGUGCAAUUAAGAUGAACUUUUUAAAGUAUUUUUGCUGGCAGGUGAGUGUACUCAUAAUGGAGCUACUAGACAAAUACAAGG